CUCUUCCUCUCUCUCUCUCUCUCUCUCUCUCUCUCUCUCUCUCUCUCUCUCUCUCUCUCUCUCUCUCUCUCUCUCUCUCUCUCAGUGUGUGUUUGUACACAAACAAAUCCACGAUUUCAUAAUAUUCUUUCACAGGCAACGAGUGGUGGCUGAAGGAAGAAGGAAGCAUCCUCUCUCUCUCUCUCUUUCAAUAAUCAUUUAUUUAUUGAUUUUCUAUUUUUGUAUCUUGUCGUUGCUUCAUUGUAUCUUGGUGGAUAACCUCAAUUUCAGGUUCCAGUUUCCUUGGAACUUUUGUUACUUCACACCUAGGUAACCAAAAACAAAGAGGGACUUUGAAGAAGCAGAACUGAAAAGUGAUUUAAUUUUUGUUAUUAUGGAGUGGAAUUUGAAAUCAACUUCAUGGGAUUUAGGGGGUAUAGAAGAGGCAACAUUACCCAACAUAGAAACAAUGGAUGAUGAUGAAUCAAGCAGAUUUGAAGUUUAUAGAAUGAAAGGGGAGUUUUCUGUUGAUUUGAAGCUUGGUCAAGUGGUUAAUUCUUCCAAUGAAUCACCACUUCCGUUAUUAUCCUCCAAAGAUGCUUCUGUUUCCAAAAUGGGAACCCCUCCUCCUCCUACUCCUUCUUCAGGAUCUUCUAAGAGAGCUAGAGUGGUUAAUAGUUCAGCAAUGACAGUGUCUUGUCUUGUGGAUGGCUGUAAUUCUGAUCUUAGUAAGUGUAGAGAUUAUCAUAGGCGUCAUAAGGUUUGUGAACUUCAUUCCAAGACCCCUGAGGUUACAAUUGGUGGCCUCAAACAAAGGUUCUGCCAACAGUGUAGCAGGUUCCAUUCACUGGAGCAAUUUGAUGAAAGAAAAAGAAGCUGUAGGAAACGUUUAGAUGGACACAACAGAAGGAGAAGAAAACCUCAACCAGAACCUUUAACCCGACCUGCUAGUAGUUUUUUGUCCAAUUACCAAGGCACCCAGUUGCUACCCUUUUCAAGUUCUACAGCCAUGGUGAACUCGCCUUGGCGUAGUGGACUCAUUACUUCCUGCCACAUUAACAACCAACACCAACAAGUGCAUGUGGUUGAUCAUAAACAAGAUCUUUUUCUUGGUUCUACUACAACCAACUAUGGAGAAACCAAACGACUCCAAUUCUCACAAAGUGACAACAAUCCCACACUUGAUCAUAACCAAAACAACACACCUCUUUUAAGGACAAGUCCUUUGUCAGAAAGUGAUGGUCUGAGAACCAAAAUGUGCUGUGAUAACUUAACAACAACAAGUUCAGUACACGAGUCACCUUGUGCUCUCUCUCUUCUGUCAUCAUCUCAGACUCACACUACACAUGAGAAUGGUUUGAAUCAAAUGGUGCAGUCUCAUUCAAUGUCAAGUAUGCAGCCCUUAGGACUGAGUUUGCAUGCUAACAAUGGUUUUGAGUCAAUGGAUAGAGUGUUGGUUCCUAAUGGGAGUGAGAGUGAUCAUUGUUCUUCAUUGUAUAACAUAGGUUCUGAUGGAUCACAAGGCAAUGAAGCACCUCAACUAUUUCCAUAUCAAUGGGAAUAGAGAAUUUUAAUUUGCAUAAGAAUUUAUCUUUUGUUAGUUCUUUUAAAUGGAUUUUCUACCCAUGGACUACUUAGUUAUCAUAUUCAUUUCUUUUAUUUUUUGUGUGCACGA